AUGGGUGGCGACCCGAAAAAAAAGAAGGCCGCCAUUCCCCUACCAGCACCCACAGAAACAACUGAAUCGACAGUGACCACUGCGACCGACGUCACAGCGACCGAUUUAUCCCGUGCCACAGAUGACAAAUCAUCCUACUCUCUGCCUGAAGACGGCACGCCUGUAACGAUAAAAACUCGCGGCCACAGUAGCAACCGCUCCCAAACGUCGCUUCUCAUCGAAUACUACGAGGGCAGUAAGGUAUCCAGCACCGACGGCAUUGGGAAUCGCAAACCCAGUGUCCGUGUGCGUGUCAAACAAUCUGGCAGUGCCAAGAACGAGCACAUUAUGAUAUCCAAGCCGAAGUCAUCCAGUAACCGCAAGGUUUCACAAUCUCGUCGAUCCACAAGCGGACAGAAGACAACAUCAUCCUCAGCCACCCGUGAUAUAGACAUUGGUGGCAGUGCUAUCAGCAGUGUCGAUAUCGACGAUGACAAGAGCAUGGACUCAUACGCCUCGGCCACUGAAGAAUCCAACGUCUCGCGGAACCCUAUCGUGGUGGAAAUUGACCGUGGCGGCAGCAGUGGGAACUAUCAGCGUCAGAGGUCCCGUCGCCCAACCAGCCCGCUAAUUCCCGCUGCUGCCAGCAGUCGGGGCUCUGCUUCCUACAUCCAUGGCACACAGUCCGAGAUCUCUGGCAUCUCCGCCAUUCCUGCCGACAGCUUUCUGGACGGAUCAAAGUCGCCCAAGCGAACUGACAGUCCUUCUCGGGCCUUUGCUGCAGCCGCCGCAGCAACUGCGGCUGCGGCUGCCGGAGCUGCUGCUGUAGAACGAAAUCGAGCUGCCAGCACCAGCAGGAGUGAUGUGCGAGAGCGUGUUACGUUGCCGAAGUCCUCGUCGAGAGACCGGGGCCGUGAGGGCGGCAGUGGCAAGAAGCACCGGUCAAGUAGACACACCAGCAGUGUCAACCUUGUCGAGAACGAGGACUCACCUUCGCAUAGACGGUCGAGUCGCCAUCGACACCACAACGAAUCGGCAGUAUCUGGUGCUGACUCUAGCGUGCUGUCAUCAAAUCUUUCACCAAACCACAACCCUUACGACCAGUAUUCCGUCCGCUCUGGCGGAUCCAAAACUUCGAUCAACAACCCCAAGCUGCUCGAGACAGUCGAGGAUGCUAUUCGACGACUCAUUUUACCGGAGCUGACCGCGCUGAAACGAGAACACAGUCGCAAAGAUCGUCGCGGCUCCACAACGUCCACUGGUACGUCUGCCUCGAAGGAAGAAUUUGACCGGCGCCGGUCAGGUGCUAGCGACAGAGCCGGGGCGGCGUCCCACACCCCUCGUGAAAUAGACGCAGUUAUACGGAAGGAGAACCGAGAUCGAGAAGGGCGGCAUGCUAUGGACGAUAGCCCCUCCCCUUCCGCAGGCUACGAUUACGACUCAAGGGAAGAGACCGCUCAUGGCACACGUUCUGUCAGCGAAACACCAAAGAAAAGCUCGGACAAACUAAAGACCGCUACAGCUGCCAGUGCAGCCGGCGCCGCUCUCGCUGCUGCCGUAUUAGCGGAUCACGGUGACUCGCCCUCGACCGCCAGGGAACAGCGGCGGCGACGCAGGGCCGAAGCUCGGAACCGGGGCGCUGAGAACGAUGUGACACCAUCGACACCGCAGCAAGGCAACUUUGAUUCAUACCUCAAUGGACCUCAAAGUGCAUCUAGUCGCUCCUUCGACGAUGGCAUGCAGCACGAUGGCGAGAAUGCACAAACCCCCGCAUCCCAGUUCGGUCCCAGCGAAGCUCAGUUGCGAAAUACUGAACCCAAGGAGUACUUGCGGCCACCGAUGCCGUUGAUGAGCGAGAUUAAUUCAGAUGUCACGAGAGCAUCUAUUUUGUCCGCCGAAAGCGACCGACCUAGGUCUGCAUCUGACGAGCUGCAGACCGCCCCAGUUCGAGAGGUGUCUAGGGGUAUCCCCGCAAUGGGGUCUGUCGGCAGUCCGGAACAGACGCCUACCAAGGUUCCUGCGCUACAAAAUCUAGGUACCCAGCAUUCCAACAUAUCUCACGGAGAUUUGAAGGCUCUGCCUCGAAAUGGCCUGCCUACUGCGGAAUAUGCAGGCGGUGACGAAAAUUACGAGAACUACGGAGACGAACACGAAACCGGCCAGAACCAGCAGAGUGAGCUUCAUCAUGAACAGGAGCACUAUCAGGGCCAGUAUGCCCAGCAUGGAGACGGCGAAGAUUACGAGGAAUAUGACGAGAUGGCACACUACGGAGGACAGACGUACGAUGAAUUCGGCAAUCAGAUCGUACCUGCCCCGCUCAACUACGUCCCUUACCAACCUGAGCACCGUGGCCUCAGUCCCAUUCCAAGCGUGUCAGGCUAUACCGAAGGCGGCACAAGCGAAGCGCAUCGGGACUCGAUUCAUGCUGGCACGGCUGUCUCUUCGCCAGGCAAGUCACCCAUGCCAGAGCGGAAGCCCCUCGCCUCGCCGAACUCCGCACGUGGCAAUACCAUGGGCCGCGACUUUGAUCAAGACGGCAGCGCCCUUGACGGCAGCGCACUUAGCUCCAACGCUGGCUACUCGGAACUUGCGCCCACACAACUCACCGACGAAGGCAGCAACGUCUACAGAGCUGUCCAAGGAAUUGGUGCGAACCCGAGAUUUGUUCGCCCUCCGAUCGGUGUUGAGUCGGCCGUUGCCUCCUUAGUAGACGGCUCUAUGCUGGAAGGGUCAGCAUUGACCGGGGGUUCUAGCGUCAACGGCGGGUAUGGUCUGCUCCCAGGCGCCCGUGGAUCUAUGGACACGCUUGAAGAAGAGACAUCGUAUGAUCGCGCCAACUCUCAAAGUCGCUCUGUCAAGGGCUACGGGCAUGAGCUGAAUAACGAAGAGGAGCCACAUCGGGCCCACGAGCAGGAGGACAGUCGUGAGGUCAUGGCUGCAUCUCCGACUACGACAAGAACAAACCCGUCUGAAUUUGCUGGCGAAUAUGAACUCGACCAGUAUGGACGCAAGGUUCGCCGGCUGUCGCCCACUGUAUCAGAAGCCGCUGCCAUAACGGCUGGCGCCAUCGGUCUUGUUAUCCGCGCUGCGAAAGACCGUGGCCAGCAGCCACAUGAGUCUACUAGGCUGGAAGAGCAUGAAGGCUAUCACACACACCCCGAUGAUUGGGCGCCGGAUGGGGUUCAACGAAAUCGUUCCUUCAAGGAACGGGCUCAGAGCGGACGCUACCCAGGCAAUAAGCAAGCAUACGUCUCUGAGCAUACAGAGGAACAUGAUCAGCCCCGGAUGAGUGCAAAUGGCCUGCCUGAUCUACACGAUCCCAUGCCAGAGAUUGGCUUCGGUUACGAAGAAGACGAUCUCGAAACGAACCCGUCUCUUUUAUACGGUCCGACGUCCCACCAUGACGAAGCCAGCUGGCGCGUUGGCGACCGGACGCCCACACAGGAGCACCAUGACACAAGUACACGCAGCCUUGGUCUCGCUGAAACGCCUGCUGCGCGGGUCUCUUCUCAGCACAGCCGACAGACCAGCCAGGAACACGAUGAAUGGCAGCGGUCGUCUGACGACCGGAAGAGGGAUACUCUGCUCACAAACCCGUACGAAGGGACAAGCCCGAUUGUGAACGAGGACCUGAUCAAGUCAACUCUCCCAGCUGUCGCCACAGGUGCAGGCGCGGCUGCUGGCUACAACGCCAGUGUGGACUAUGCUACGGGGAGCCCUCUGGGGGCCAGAUAUGAUGAGGGCUAUGAAACUCAGGGUCCAGGCAAAUCUCCAGACCUGACUGGGACCAACAAGGGCAAGGAAGUUGCCUUUCCGGAUCAUAUGCCUGCGUCGUUUGGUGGUCAAGAUGACCCGUUUUACUCGCUCAACCAGACGAGACACUUCAGCGGCCUCUCUCAAGGAAUGGGAAGUCCUCUAUAUGAUCCCGCCACUGGUGCUGGCAUUGAUCGCAUUGAGAACAAGGAUAUUAUCUCCCUCAUGCAGCAUCUGAUGGUCCGGGACGCUCAACGAAGUGCCCGUGACACGGAAAUCCUGGUGACACUUGUGCGUGCGGCAGCAGAGAUGCGCACUUCGUUUGAGAGCGUAAAAUCCCUGCUCGCUUUGCACGAAAAGGGCAUCAGCAACGACUUUUCCAAGAAGCUGGCCGACAGCGAAGAUGCCAUCAUCACGGAGGUCCUUGACCUGGGACCGAAAAAACAGUCCGCACCCACCUGGGCGGGCCCCGUCCGCUGCCUGGCAGCGAACAUCUUCCGCCGCGCUCUUAAGUCGUUGAACGCGAAGGGCAACAAUGAUCUCACCCGAAUCGAGGACAUGCUUAACCAGCUGUUGUUGCAGGUGGAUCUGUUGAAGGCGCAAACAACCGUGGAGUCUGGGGUCAUGGGCACAACUGUUUCUGGUGGCCGAGCUCCCUCUCCAUACGACGACGUUGAAUCGCAUAUGCCAUACGAACACGAGCAAGACCGCGGUUACGAGCCGGAGGGUCAUGCGGGCACGUCCACUGCCAGCCAUGCAAGCCAGUCUGGGCACUUGUCUGUCCAUUCUCGUGGCGGCCCAUCGGUCACGUCCAGAAACGGUGGCUACGACCGCAAGUUUUCUGAUAACCGCAUCAGCACGGUCCCGGAGGCGAAUGAAGAUGACCUGGAGUAUGGACAUCAGAAGAGUAUUGCCAGCCCCCGAGCCUCCACGCCCACCCAUGCUCGGUAUGGCAGUCCCGCGUCGUUACCUCAGAUGAGUUCAGCGCUUUUAGCAACGCCUCAGCGCCAAGAAGAAUCAGUGCAGCCACUCCAGCCACAGUCGCUUCCGCAGCUUCAAACGCACAACCAGGAUCUGCAACAGACACCGCAAAGCGGCGACAACACACCCAGAACAGAAAAGGGAAAGAAGCACAAAUCCACCGGCUCGUCAAGCUGGCUACCCAAGAUCUCACGGUGGUCGGAGACAACAACAUCAAGUGUCGGCCGCGUGUUCCGAGCCAGUCGUGACUCUAAGAAGGGCAAUGAGGAACUGGGCUAUCAAAGCGGACCAUCUCGCUCUAGGUCAGACCUGGCCAGCUACGAUGGUUACCACAUGCCCACUGAUCCCGAAGGCGAGGACAAGCUUCACGGUGGCUUUUCGGAGCAAGACCUGCACCAUGACGAGUACUACCAGCCUCAGACGCUCCAAAGCGAGACUCAAGACUAUGGCCUCAACGCCAACAGCACGGAUGUCGUGCCGCCCGACCCGAAGUCAUACAUGACGCCAGAGGACCCGAAAUACCAUGUGCACCGCAACUCGCUGAACCUGCAGCACCCGCAGCCCAGGUCCGGACAGCCUUUGAAGGCAACACUUGAGAGUCGGGCAGAAAACUUUGACUCCCCGAUGAGCCCCCGGUCAGCUGAUUGGGCUGGAUCGGCCACGUCGCUUCACCGAUUCCCUGGCCAAAACACCAACCGGUAUAGCGAUAGCACUGCUACGAACGCGGCAGCAACUCCGGCCAACGUGGCCGCAAAUGUGUCGCAGCAAACAUACUGGGAAUCGCAACGGUCCGGGAGCCGUCAGUCUCAGGGAGCUCCGCCCCGUCCACCCAAAGAGCCGCUUGACGAAUCGCAGCAAGCGACUUAUGUGACGGCGGCACAAGUGACAUCUAGCUACACGGGCAGCCCGCGGCUUGAAAACCGCAACCUCAACAGCGCACUGGGAGUGCCGACGCGACGCCCAAGCGGCCCUCGUGCGAUGACGCCGAAGAGUGAGCGGAGCAUGCGAAGCUAUAACGACGAGGAGGCUGCAAAUGAUUCGCGCAGACGGAAGAGAGACACUUUUGGAACGGUGGCGUCUCAGGACACCGAGACCUUCUAG